AUGGUUACGGCACUUUCGGACAAUCAUUUUUCCGAAGGGAUGGAAAUGAUCGCUUCCAUUCGUAAAUAUUGGCCACAACAGCAAGUGAUUGUCUAUGAUAUCGGUCUUGGCAAAGAAAAUCUGGAAUUUGUAAGACAAUUGUGCAAUAUUAUUUAUCGCUACUUUGAUUUUUCGGCGUAUCCAACAUAUGUUCAGGACCUUAAACAAUACCGAUGGAAGCCGCUUGUGAUUGCUGAAGUGCUGAAAGAUUAUCGAGCUGCGUGGUGGCUUGAUUCUUCCAUGCGUUUCAUCAACAGUGAUCUGGAGCAAAUGUACGAUUAUUAUAGGUGCAAACACAGAAAUGCAUAUGGUGGCAAGGACUUAGCAGAAGCAGAAAUCAUGUGCAAUAAAGCUGAUCUUCUGUUCCACACAUAUUUGGGUGGCAGCAUUUUCGCAACAACUGACCCCGACACUUAUCUUUAUUUUCCAAGCGAUGUUGAAAAGCUGAAAGAUAUGACAAUGGUGAGAACUAGUGCUAUUUUUCUCAUUCGUACACGUGACACUGUCGGGAUCCUGAAAUGGGUAGUUGCAUGUGCCUUGGAAAAAGAAUGUAUGGGCCUCGGUGCCGGUGGUAGAGUGCUCUCGCGCAAUUGCUUGUUCAACACAUCCGAUGUGCACAAAAUACAUGCAAAAUGUCAUUACUUCGACCAGAGUAUUUUCAAUGUUUUGUUGGCCAAUGAAUACGAUUUCGAUGGCCGUUACUUUUACAACGAGAGAAAAAUUUUUUUGCAAAUACGAAUGACUGGAAUAUUUACCGCAGAUGCGCUGAAAUGUGAACCCCCAAAAAUUAAUUAG